CACCUCGAAAAGCCCAAAUAAUAAUCCCAUCCACCAGUAGUGGCCUGGCAGCGAUCAGUCGACAGUUGAACUUCGUCCGGGUCGGUUGGAAAACACUGAAACUCGCUAAACACAACACUAGGACAUAUCGUGGUCCAGGAGGCGUUCGGAAAGUUGUGAUUUGUAAUUGGAUCCCACUAUCGGCGUCGUGGUCAUCCCGGUGCGGUGGAGAAGAGUAGAGUAGCAGUGACGGCAGCAGCAGCAGCACCAGCUGCGGCAGUGGCUGUUUGUUUUACCCCCCAGUGACAAGAGUGGCAGUGGCAAUCACUGCGAAGAAUCAAACCGUUGUUGAUUUUCCGUUUGAUUUUAGGUUUCAUACGGAGUGAUAGAAAAUAUGUCGAUUUGAAAUUCAUAGUGCACACACACCGAUUUUUGGGGGUUUAAGUUUGGAGCAGUGCCGAGUUUGGUUGUAAUUCCACGCAGCGUGAAUAUUCGGAGCCAGUUCCGCGUGGUGAAAAUGGACCUGCGAGUGUUCAGGUUACUGGCGAUACUGUCAACGACGGCUGCAGUUGUAGUCAAUACACAGUUUCUGGCUUUCGAGCAAACGGGGGCAGAAUGUGCCCUGUAUGUUGGAGGACCCGGUAAAUCUUCGGCGUUCGACUAUGGAUUAAAUCUGUUCCGUGGAACGAUAUCCCCACUUCACACGGACUCGAAUACAUGCAUCACCUACGAUGCCAUCAACCAGGCGUAUAUGGAUGCGCGAAAGCGCAUCCGAGUAUCCCAGCCCAAAGGCGACUGGAAGACAGAGGACAUCGCCACGGUUGGCGAACUCUUGCUGGACAUCUCCAUCCAACUCGCGAGAACGUACGGUCUCUCGUACGAGGAAAUCGAGAAAGGUCUCCCCUCGAUUGACACCUCCAAGACGUUGAUCCGGGAGGUUUGUCCCGCUUUCCUCUCGGGGGUGGAGUGUCGUCCCGGAAAGUACCGUCGUGUCGACGGUCUCUGCAAUAAUCUGAAGAACCCUACGUGGGGUGCCGCCAUGACCCCGUUCCAGCGGUUGAUCGGCCCACUCUAUUCCGAUGGUAUUAACGCACCGAGAAUCUCUGUAACCGGUCACGAUCUUCCGCUGUCCCGAAUCGUAUCGCGUACCAUCCAUCCCGACGAGGGAUACCAUGAUCACGCCGGAACUGUGUUCGUGAUCGCGUGGGGACAGUUCAUGGAUCAUGACUUCACCCUUACCGCCACCCCGCUCGACCCCGUCAAUCGAAACGAUCCGGAGGAAUGCUGCAAGCGUCCACCACAUCUCAAGCACCCGUACUGCAAUGAAAUCUACGUCCCUGACGAUGACUACUUCUACCGUCUGUUCAACGUGAAGUGUAUCGAUUUCGUGCGCGGCUUCCCAUCGCCACGUCCCGGCUGCCGACUGGGAUCCCGCCAGCAGUUCAACACCCUGACCUCGGUCAUCGACGGCAACACUAUCUAUGGAGUCAACGAGAAGUUCACCCGCAAGCUGCGCACUGGUUACAAUGGUCUCCUCCGCAUGAACCCGGUGUUCGCCGAGUACGGCCUCAAGGAUCUGCUGCCGCUCAAGCUGGACAUCCCGGAUGAGGGUUGCACGCGUCCCAACAAGAGCAUGUUCUGCUUCGAAGCCGGCGAAAUUCGUGUCAACGAGCAGCUGGUGCUGACCUGUAUGCAUACUCUGCUGGCCCGCGAACACAACCGCAUCGCCACCGAGCUGGGUCGCAUCAAUCCCCACUGGGACGAUGAAACGCUGUUCCAGGAAACCCGUCGGAUCAACAUUGCCAUCAUCCAGCACAUCACCUAUAACGAAUUCCUCCCGAUUCUGCUCGGAAAGGAGGUGAUGGAGAAAUUCGGACUGCUGACACCGAAGGAGGGCUACUGGGAUGGGUACGACGAGAAGAUCAACCCGGCCAUCAUCGACGCGUUCGCUGCUGCUGCCUUCCGAUUCGGCCACUCGCUGCUGCCGACGGCCGUCGAGCGUUGGUCCAAGGCGCACAAGUUCAUCGCCUCCAAGCGGCUGUCGGAUUUGAUCCGCCGGCCGUACGAUCUGUACCGGGCGGGUGUGUACGACGAGUAUCUAAUGGGUCUGAUGAACCAGGUCGCCCAGGCUAUGGACGACUCGAUCACCCAGGAGGUCACGAACCAUCUGUUCAAGAAGGAGGGAGCCCGCUUCGGUAUGGAUCUGGUGUCGUUCAACAUGCAGCGGGGCCGCGAGUUCGGAGUGCCUGGCUACAUGGAGUUCAGGAAGUUCUGCGGACUGCCCACGUCCAACAGCUUCCAGGAUCUGUUCGGUUCGAUGCCGAAUGAGACUGUGCGGCGAUAUGAGAGCAUAUUUGAACACCCAUCCGAUGUGGAUCUGUGGUCUGGUGGUGUCUCGGAACGAUCGCUACCCGGGUCGAUGCUGGGACCUACCUUCGCAUGUGUCAUCGCAACGCAGUUCAGCUAUGUGCGGCGCGGGGACCGAUUCUGGUACGAACUACCCAAUCAACCCUCGUCGUUUACUCCCGAGCAGCUGCAGGAGGUCCGCAAGGCCAAGCUGGCCCGUCUCAUCUGCGACAACACCGAUCUGAUCGACACGGUGCAAAUCUACCCGAUGGUUCUGCCCGAUCAUGAAAUUAAUCCUCGAGUGCCAUGCAAGAGUGGAAUCCUUCCAUCGAUAGAUCUGACCAAGUGGGCCGACUAUGGUCACGAAAACCAGUCACCUCAUCAAUAUCAAUUCCUGAACGACAUACCGGAGAAUAUCGGCUUCAAGAAAUGAACAACCCAAGAUUGCGACCUGCUGCUGCUACAGCAGGAGGAAAAUCGGAAAUGCGAACGGGAUAAAACCAUUUCAGAGAUUAUAAGUUAGAUAAUGCAUACCAUUCGUUUAAGCCAAUCUGUACUGUUUCUCCUCUAUCCGCCCAAAUACUCUCGUGGGCAGUCUUUCUCUUUCUCUCUCUGACCCUUUCUCAUUGUAUUAUACACAUCCUAUCACCCCCGGGGCACCUGUUGCAACAAGAAGCGAGCUACCCUUUUCGGAAGCGCCGACAGAAACCUUUUCAACCGAAUGCUAACAUGUUUCCUCGAGAAAACUAACCAACAAACUGAACAAACGUGAAUUAACGGAUUCACGGAUUCAUUCGCCACAUUGUUUUUGAGUUUUUGUUUUAUAAAAUUGAAGAAAAUGCCACAGGUGGAAAAGCCAUUCCAAGACCUUUGCAAAACAUUAGUGUGUAGGUUAUAUUAAUACUUUUUGUUCGAAUUCCCGAUCGAUUUUUGUUUGUAACGGUAAAGAGAAAAAAAAGACAUAAAACAGAGCAUUUAUACCACAUAAUACAUUCUAUAACACACUCCUCCAGGACGUGCAACCGGAGGGAUACGGGUUCAAGCGCCCGCUCUCCGGAAGAUUCCGCUGCAAGUGUAGUAGUAAUAGUAAUUCUCUAUACUGUUUUCGUGUAAUAUUUAUGUACAUAAUAAAACUUUUAAGUGAU